AUGCAUCUGCAUGUGGUGCUAUCUGCUCAGGGCCGCUACGCUCAGAAGCUGCUGAACACGCUGAUGGAGAAUUAUACUAAAGCUCUGAGGCCUGUGGAGGACACGGACAAGGCUCUCAAUGUUACAUUGCAGAUUACACUCUCGCAGAUCAAAGAUAUGGAUGAGAGAAAUCAGGUGCUGACCACAUACUUAUGGGUGCGGCAGGUCUGGCAUGAUGCGUACUUACGCUGGGAUAAAGAUGAGUAUGAUGGCCUGGAGGUCAUCCGCAUCCCUAGCAAUCUGGUCUGGAGACCUGACAUUGUCCUUUACAACAACGCCGAUGAAGAAGACUCAUCAGGCCCUCCUGACACUAAUGUAGUGUUACGGUACACGGGUGAGCUCACAUGGGAUGCUCCUGCAAUCACAAAGAGCACAUGUGUGGUGGAUGUCUCCUACUUCCCCUUCGACAGCCAGCAGUGCAACCUUACUUUUGGCUCCUGGACCUACAACGGCAACCAGGUGGACAUCAACAUGGGUGGAAUGGAAGGUGGUGACCUCUCAGACUUUGUGGAGAACGUAGAAUGGGAAUGUCAUGGCAUGCCAGCGGUCAGGAAUGUAAUCAUGUAUGGCUGCUGCUCAGACCCAUACCCAGACAUCACCUACACAGUGCUGCUGAAACGCCGCUCCUCAUUCUAUAUCUACAACCUGCUCCUGCCCUGCUUUCUAAUCUCCUUCCUGGCUCCACUUGGCUUCUAUCUCCCAGCUGACUCUGGAGAGAAGGUCUCGCUUGGAGUCACAGUGCUUCUAGCCCUUACUGUCUUCCAGAUGAUGGUGGCUGAAAGCAUGCCACCAUCUGAGAGUGUGCCACUCAUUGGUAAGUACUACAUAGCAACAAUGACAAUGAUUACAGCCUCCACCUCAUUGACAAUCUUCAUCAUGAACAUUCACUUUUGUGGUGCCGAAGCCAAACCGGUGCCCAACUGGGCCAAAGUCCUAAUUAUUGACUACAUGGCGAAGAUUUUCUUUGUGUAUGAAGUAGGAGAGAACUGCACUACUCCUCAAAGUGAACGUGGCCCACCGUUUGUAGAGGACCCACUGGCUAGUCUUGAAAAUUAUGACUAUUUCUCCACCAGUUUUUACAGCAAUCAUCUACAUGAUGGGUCUGUUAAUCAGUAUAACAGGUAUAAUAACUGUGGCAGAGAUUGUCACUAUGCCAGAAAUCCCCAGUCAAAUGGCUACCAUUUCAACGCCCUACAUAUGGCACAUAUACCACCACAGUUCUCAUCGAGACAGAAAAUACACCAGCCGAAUUACAUACACCACAUUGGGCGAGAUGGUAACGCGGUUAACCUGAAGGAGGGGAAACUGAAGCAAAGUGAUCUCUCUAUUCCUGAAAAACUCAAUGGGUACACGUAUGAGCAUAGCACCAGCGAGUACACCAAACCAUACACGAUGGAAGACUACAGUAAAAAGACAGGCACAGAAGAGUGCACAUGUAUGUGUGCUCAGCACCAAAAAGUGGUGCAGAACAUUGAGUACAUCGCCAAUUGCUUUCGGGAACAAAGGUCAAACCAGGCCAAAGGAGCAGAGUGGAAGAAGGUUGCUAAGGUAAUGGACAGGUUUUUCAUGUGGGUGUUCUUCAUCAUGGUCUUUCUCAUGAGCAUCCUCAUCAUGGCCAAGGCAUCCUGAGAUCAGUUGAUACGAGUUGUGUCCACAUAUUGAAUGAAGACUGGAGUAAUGUUUAGAGACAUCCAUUCCAAAGAAGAUUAAAACGAUAAAGUAGAAAGUGAUGAAAACUGAUCCUUACUGUUCCACACGUAAGUUCUUAAAGCAUUCCUAGUAGAAUACUACUAACUAUGCAAUAGAACCCAUAUCCUGUAGAACUGGUGAGAAAUGAGUGAUGGAUUAUUGGUGUAAACUGAAUAAAAUAUGAAAUGUAAGUUGCCGCCUCACACCUCCAAGUUCUUCAUGUACGUGGGUUUCUUUGGGGCGCUCUGGUUUCAUCCCAUGCCAGUAGGAGGAACGGUUACUCUGAAUUGCCCCUAAGUGUGAAUGAGUGUGUCACAUUGGUUUAGGAUCCACCACGACCCUGAUCAAGAUAAAGCGUUUACUCAAGACGAAUGAAUGAAUGAUGACAUUUUUUUUUUUUAAAUCAUAUUUUCCUCUGUAUGUUUUCAAGGCAUUACAGUAAACUGUAUUAAAAUGCAUUUAUUAAAUUGCUUCUUGUUUUUCUCCGGAUGUACAUAUAAACAUAUUUCCCAUUCACAUCCCUAUGACUUUACAUUCUUAAAAGGUAAGCAUGUUACACUUUGUCUUUCGUCUGUGCUUUCAUUCUCUAUAGCCACUCAAAUAUAAUGUGGACGUUUAAAUCUUAAUAUAAAGUAUAUAACAGUUAAAGUGAAGACAUGUUUCAAUGUGUGUGUGUGUGAGAGAGAGGUAAA